AUGACCUACAACUCUUCCUACAGUGCGAUAGGGCAGACGGACUCUCCCUGUUCGAUCUCACCUCUGGUGCCUCUCCUGCCCCGCCUGCUGAUGCUGACAGCACUAUUCGCUCACAUUGGGGCCACACGCGAUGCUGCUAUCUGUCUUGCUGUGCGUCGCCACUUACCGACCGCUGAGCGUGCGCACUCUAGUCAGUACAAGAGUGCUAAGACCUUGGACGACGUUGUAGUUGCACGCUACUCUUCCCCAGCCACUACUGCUCUUAGCCGCCUCAUGCUGCCGUACCUGUUUCCUGACCUCGCCGCCUUUCCCACUGUCGCUGACCUCGUUACACACCUUCGCACUAGUGACACCCGCUACCGCACUGCGCUUCCCGCUGAGGACCACUUCCUCUCUGUUUGCCCCACCACACUCACUGUUGACCUCCUCGAGGAGCGCCUCCUGGCAGCUGAGAAGAAUAUAGUCGCUCUAGGAGCCUCUCGAGGUGACCCUCGUGCCCCUGUCUUUGAGGGGUGCUCCCCCUCCCCCCUUUUGCCCUCUGUUGCCUCUGCUGCUGCCGUCGACUUCAUUGGCACCGAGUCGCUCGGCGCUGCGUCUGCCCCUAGCAGGCGAUGCCGCACCGGCAAGGGCAAGGGGGGCAAGGGCACUGAAGGGGCUGGCGGGGGCGGUGGAGGUGGCGGUGGAGGAGGCGGAGGGAGUGGGGGUGGUGGUGGGAGUGGUGGCAGGGGUGGGGGCUUCGGUGGCGGCAGUGGCGGCGGAGGCGGCGGCGGCGGUGGCGGUGGGAGCGGAGGAGGAGGCGGUGGCGGCGGUGGCGGAGGUGGCGGCGGAGGUGGUGGAGCUAGUCGGGGUGGCUCUGCGCAGCGGGGCGGCUUCGGUGGUGGUCAGCGCCAGCACCAGCAGCGCGCUCGUGAGACCCCGCCCCCCCAGCAGCUUCGUGAGUGGUACGCUUCGCAUCAGCGGGGUGGGGGUACUGGUCCCUGUACCUACGUCCUGCGUACCAGCGACCGUACGGGUGAGCAGUGCAGGGGCCCGCACCCCACCCAGCGCUGCUUCGGCCGCUUGACGGACGCUUGGCGUCUCCAGUUCCCUAACGUCACUAAGAUCCCUCGCUGGGGAGAGCUGCAGAGGUCGGGGGUUGCUAUCUUUGAUCUUGAUUAUGAUGCUAUUCUUGUUGCCAUGUAUCCUGUGUCUACUAGUGAUGAGGGUGACUGUUACCUGUGUGUUCCGCCUGGCCCGGGCAUUGAGGCUGCUGCUCUAGGUGCUAGUGCGUCUGCUGCCCCAGGUGCUGGUGAGUCUGCUCUCUCAGGUAGCACGUCGACUCACGCCUUACACACCUUCACCCUUAACUCGGGUGCUUCCCGCUCCUUCUUUCGAGACCGCACCACACUUACACCGCUUAGUGGGCCGGUUGCGGUCUCCCUAGCGGACCCCUCUGGGGGUCCUUGA